AUGUCUGAACCUCCAGGUCACUCCGGGCUAGAACUUGACGUUGCCGUUGCCGUUGCCGUUCCCAAAGUCGAAGAGGCCUCGACGGAUGAAGGGGGAGACGAACCAGCAAGGGAGGUUCUCGAGGAAGAAGAGCCGCAAGAGCCGCAAGAGCCCACAUCGCUAUUGCUGAGUGCUCCUGACCCCCCAACUGUAAGUGAUGUGGAUGACAUAUCGGUGGAUGAGCCAGCCCAGCAGAGUGGUGAGUUUCCUUCAUGGUUACCAGAAGAUAUGGUUUUCCUGAAGGGUUCUGCAGUUGGGCCGCACCCUGAGACCAUAAUAUUGCCACUCGCAACAGCAACAGCGCAACAAGCUCCAGUCCGGGCCUCUGAGAACACGUUGGUGCCUACCCAAACAACGGCAGACACUCAUAAUAGUGGUGGCACAAUUGUCGUCGGAGCAUCAGGGGUUAACGUCGCCUCGACACUCUUGGCCAACGCCCAUCCUGUGGAUGCAGCUACAGCAAAAAUUGUCAACGAAUCAUCUUGUUGGGACAGGUGCAUGCCAGAUACCAGUACUAAUGGUGGAAAAACGCUGUGUUUUGCCAUUGUUUUGGCUGUGCUUCUUGCAACAUCUGGAGUGGCUGUCACCGCCAUUCUGUGCAGCAAUGGCAGCUGCACUACGGGUGGUGAACAAAGCACGGCAUUGUCCAUUCCUACUAGUCAGGAGGCAAGCGAAAGUAGUAUCUCAGCAACAGCACUCCCACAAACAGGAUCUGGAAUCUCUUCUCUUUCUCCAUUUGGGAACAAUACAGAGACACCAUCAGUUACACCAAACCUUAGACCUACGGAGGCGAGUGAUCAGGCUCCUACAGCCACCCUUGAUACAGCCCAGCCUCAGCCUGAGAUGAACAUGACACUGCCAACUAGUUUGCCACCAAGUGUUCAAGCUGGUAUGCCAACAACUCUACCACCAUCAUUUGGUUCGCUACCCACCGCAGACGAAUUGGAUCCUGCUGCAGGAGAUGUCAAUAAUAUUACAGGGGACAAUCUACUUGAGGUUUCCGGCACCACAACAUUAAUCCCCACUACACAAAUUGGUGCUCCUGCAGCAGCUACCGCUCUCCAGCCAGUCAGCAAUUCCUCUUCUCCACAAAAUUCUAUGCCGACCUCAGCAGUUAAUGUUGUACCAACAAGCAACGUUUCAUCUGCUCCACCGGCAGUCAACAUUUCCUCUUCUCUAAGACCCUCCAUAACAGUUAUGCCAACAACGAGAGCCCCAGCGUUCUUAUCCCCUUCAGCUCCAGGAACAACAUCCAGUCCACCAUCCACAAGACUGCCAACAACAGGAACUUCCACACCGAAUCAGCCAACAACAAGACUGCCAACGACAAGAACUCCAACAUCUCCCGAACCAUCCACAAAACCUCCUUCCGCUACAAAUACUCCUCCACCUACAUCCAAACCUCCUACCACAAGACUACCCACAACCAGAGCUCCCACUUCACGUGCACCGACAACACGGCCUCCUUCUACUGCAAUGCCUACAACCAAUCCACCAACUACAGACCCCCCAACAAGAGCUCCAACUACACGGGAUCCAACUUCUAGUCCAACAAGAAUGCCUACUACUCCAGGUCCCACUCCGCUACCAACAAAACAGCCUACUCCAGAUCCCACACCGCUACCAACACCUGUUCCAACAACCCCAGAACCCACCCCUGUUCCAACACCUCUCCCUACAACCCCAGAUCCCACUCCUUUCCCAACAAGAAGACCUACUCUAGAUCCCACACCUGAUCCAACAAGAAGACCAACUCCAGAUCCCACACCUGACCCGACAAGAAGACCUACUCCAGAUCCCACACCUGAUCCAACGAGGCGCCCAACACGUGAUCCAACAAGGCGCCCAACAAGAAGGCCCACUCCGGAACCAACCAGGAGGCCUCGAACUCCGGAACCAACCACGAGGCCUCGAACUCCUGAACCAACCAGGAGGCCUCGAACUCCUGAACCUACCCCAAGAUUUAUCACGCAACCACCACAAUCGAUGCCUGGUAUUGACAAUCCCACACUUUUACCAUUGCGGCGUAAUCUUUUCUUGGCCGAGGAGGGUUUGCUUGAUGAUGAUGACGAUGAUGUUGAGUAA